GGGCUCAGUUGUGCGUGGAGGAAGCUGAGAACGAGCAAGUUUUGGUAGCUGGGGUGUUUGGUGUGAAGUAGCAGGGCAGUGUGAGAAUUUGGGUGAGGUCAUUAAUGCUUUGGAGGUGGGUGAGGUGAAUGUGGUAUCACCAAAACAUCUCAGAGUGACAGAGCUCAGAAAGGCUUGGCAGGCGAUUCGGGCUAGAGGCUUUGUCAUGGCAGAAAACCCACAGCCUGUGCCUUCUGAGCACACCCUGCACUGUUCAGAGCUGUCCUCAAAGGGAGAAAGGGAAGGAGAUACCGUGCUGCCUGGUGCCGGGGGGGGGAAUAAUGUCGUGGGGCUGGUUCAGGUGAGUGAAAAUAGAAUGGGCAAAAUCCCAAAACAACAUGACUGUGACCAUCCUGACUGAAUCCCAGGCUAAGUGGUACCAGGUCAGUGGUCCAUUUCUGGUUGGAUGGUGUGGUGUUUUCUUUAGCACAAGAAAAAGUAAGCGUGGUAUUUUCAUUAUGCUGGGGCACCACCAUAGUACAGCUGCAUUUUGUGACACAGCAGCUUCUGCAAGGAAGACAGGAUCUUAGAAAAGGAUUUAAUAAAGAUCUCGGGCAGUUAAAGCCUGGGGGACUUGCAGCGUGUAGUCCUUGAUAGCAGUGGAUUAUUGCUAUGCCUGGCAGUUCUAUGUUUUUCUAGCAAGCAUUUUAAGCCAGGAUUUCAACUAGAGCUGUGGCUGCUUUGCUUUGGAGGAGAGAGUAUAGCAGGUGACUCUGGAGGUGGGAGAAACUGCAGAGCUAUCAGGGACAAACCAACCGAGCAGCAUUAAAGAAGAGAUUGUACUCUGUCCUUGGAACCUGGAGGAGAGCAUGCAAAUAAAAAACUGGGCUCAGAACAGUUAAGAGGAAAGAGGGAGGGAAGAACAAGAGGAAGUACCAGCAGCGGAAGGUGGCUGCAGAUGGAUGGAUGGAGAGUGAUUCAGCAGGGAAGGAAGUUCUCAGUAGAUGCUCCUAAAUGAAACAAUAAAAGCCUGUGAGAAGUCUACUAGUUCUUUUGCAUUUCUUCCGGUGAAAUCUCCCUGCCUGCAGUGAAACCCUGUGAUGAGGACUGACGCUAAGAAGUCUCUGCUGCUCUAUGAAGAGGCUGACAAAAGGCUCAAAGCCGCCUUCCCUGCAAAACAAAAAGGAACCCGCAAAGGUCAAGGAACCUGAAUCAACAGCGGGAGCAGCAGCCUUCUUUUAGGAGUGGGAAGACAACUUAGGUUUGAUGUUUUGUGUGCCAUCAACUGAAACUGGGGCCAUCAUGAAUAUAACGAAAGGUGGACUGGUGCUGUUUUCAGCUAAUUCCAAUUCUUCAUGCAUGGAACUAUCAAAGAGAAUUGCUGAGCGAUUAGGAGUUGAGAUGGGGAAGGUUCAGGUUUAUCAAGAGCCAAAUAGAGAAACAAGAGUACAAAUUCAGGAGUCUGUGAGAGGAAAGGAUGUGUUUAUCAUCCAGACAGUUUCAAAGGAUGUGAAUACUACGAUCAUGGAACUCCUGAUCAUGGUGUAUGCCUGUAAAACAUCCUGUGCCAAAAGCAUUAUUGGAGUGAUUCCUUACUUCCCCUACAGCAAACAGUGCAAGAUGAGAAAAAGGGGCUCCAUUGUUUCUAAAUUACUGGCUUCAAUGAUGUGCAAAGCUGGACUAACUCAUCUUAUUACCAUGGAUUUACAUCAGAAGGAAAUACAGGGCUUCUUCAAUAUUCCAGUUGAUAACUUGAGAGCAUCUCCGUUUUUACUGCAGUACAUCCAAGAAGAGAUACCAGACUACAGGAAUGCUGUAAUUGUGGCCAAAUCACCUGCGUCUGCAAAGAGGGCCCAGUCAUUUGCUGAACGUUUACGGUUGGGAAUUGCAGUGAUUCAUGGGGAAGCUCAGGAUGCUGAGUCUGACAUGGUGGAUGGUCGACAUUCGCCGCCCACAGCCAAGAAUGUAGCUGCUAUUCAUCCCAGUUUGGAGAUACCCAUGCUGAUUCCCAAGGAAAAACCACCCAUCACAGUUGUUGGAGAUGUAGGCGGAAGAAUAGCUAUCAUCGUGGAUGACAUUAUAGAUGAUGUUGACAGCUUUCUUGCUGCAGCAGAGACCCUCAAGGAGAGGGGGGCUUACAAGAUCUUCGUAAUGGCCACACACGGCCUGCUGUCUUCGGAUGCUCCCAGGCUGAUAGAAGAAUCUGCAAUUGAUGAAGUGGUUGUUACAAACACGAUUCCACAUGAAAUCCAGAAACUGCAGUGCCCUAAAAUCAAGACUGUGGAUAUCAGCAUGAUCCUCUCAGAAGCCAUUCGCAGGAUCCACAACGGGGAGUCGAUGUCGUACCUUUUCAGAAAUAUUGGACUGGAUGAUUAAAGCUUUCUAAUUUAAAUAAAACACCUUGGGCCAAACUGGAAGUGACAAGAUAACGAGCUGUGAAGCAUCAUGCUUACUUAAUAUUUCUGUUGAGCCACGUUUUGUUUUCUCUUGGUUGAAGUAUCAAGGUAGAACAGUUUUUUAAGAGCUGUUUUUUUUUCUUUGCAGUUUUUUUGGGGGGUGAAAAGUGGUGAGAGAGGGAGGGAGGUGGGAAACGUUUUACAGAAAACUGUUCUAGUUGCUUAUAGGUUAGUUGCACUAUAUACAUGGUGGAAAAAAACCCACAAAACACUUGAAGCAAGAAUUUGGCUUCUAAACUAAGCAUUCCUUUUCCAAAGCUGCUUGCUACAAGUGCUUUAAAAGAUAAUGAAAUGAAGUGACUGUAUAAUAUUUGCAUUUAAAAAGCCAAAAAGGUUGUACUGUUGUAUGCAUUUAAGUGAUUUUGUAGGAGUGCUUUUCUAUAAAGCAUAUGAAGAUAUGCACCUGUAUUUAUUUUCUGCGACAAAGAAUAAAGAUUUGGUUUGUGUGAGCUUUCUAAAAA